GUCCAUCGCGUGCCUGCUCGCCGUAGUCGUGCCCGCGGCUGCCGCACUGUCGACGAUGCAGCGAUCUCCAGCGUUCCCGCGCAACAAGGAUCCCAUCGCGGCGGCGAUGGAGGCCGCCGGCUUCCCGGACUGCGGUACCAUCUUGGAGCUCGGCUGCGGUCCCGGCGAGCACGCGCCGGACUUCGCGCGGCGCUGGCCGACGCCGACCUUCCAGCCGACGGACGCGGACGCGUCGGCGCUGCGGUCGUCGGACGCGCACGCGGCCGCCGCGGGCCUCCUCGGCUCGCGGAUCCGCGCGGCCGCGCUCGUCGACGUGUCCCAACGUCCGUGGCCCAACGUCGAGGCGGGCGCCUACGACGGCUGCUUCUCCAUCAACGUGGUCCACAUCAUGCCGCGGUCCGCCGUGGGCGCCUUCUUCGCGGGCGCCGCGGCGGCGCUCCGGAAGGGCGGCGUUUUGGGAAUCUACGAUACGUGGACCUUCGCGGGCUCGUACGUCGGCCCGAACAACGAGCGCUUCGACGAGUCGCUCCGGGCCCAGGGCUACGGCGGCGUCGCGUCCAUCGAGGAGUGCGACGCGGCCGCGGCCGCCGCGGGCCUCGAGCGGCGCGACGUCGCCUACCUCCCCGCGAACAACCAGUUCGUGACCUACGCGCGUCGCUAACGGCGCUAGGCCACGAG